AUGACCCGGCCCAAGGUGCUUAUUCUCGGCGACUUGAACACCAGCUUGCCCCACUACAAACGGUUUCUGGAGAAGUUCGAGUGCAUCCACCAUACGCUCGCCUCGACGCGUGAGGAAGUCAUUGCCGACUUCCACACCAAGUUCCACGACAUUUCGGCCAUCUACGGCGCCUGGCUUGGCUUCGUGCUUGUGGGCGGAUUCCACAGCGACAUUAUCGAGGCACUCCCACCAACCUUGAAAGUGGUCUCCAUCUGCUCCGUGGGCCACGACAACUACAACGGGGCGCAGAUGAAAGAAAAGGGCGUUGUGUUGACAAACGUGCCCUCGGACGGCGCCGCGGAACCGGUGGCAGACUUGGUGCUCUACAAUGCAUUGACUGCGUUCCGGAACUUCAACAUGUCGCUGGCGUUUUUGCGUCCGGAAAACGACCACACGGUGGCCGUGCGGGCCGAGUUGGAGUCCUGCAAAUUCGACUUUCAAACGGGGGCCCUUGUUGGCGGGCUGCCCCAGGGCUACUCUUUUGGAGAGUACAUUGGCGGGCGCCCGUGCCUCAGUCCCAAAGGCCACAAUGCGGUCAUCGUGGGGUUUGGAAAUAUCGGCCAGACCAUCGGGCGGAAGUUGAGUCUGAUCGGCAUGAACAUCCACUAUGUCAAGAGACGCCAGCUCAGCGGGGCAGAGGAACGCAGCCUCGGCUUCGUGGCCACCUACCACCGGUCCAUAGGCGCCACGUGUCUGUUUGCAGAUUUGGUGGUGAUCGCGUGUCCCGCCACUCCGGAAACGCACCAUCUCUUGAACAGCGCCGUUCUUGGAAGUUUCGCCAAGCCCAUCCGCGUCAUCAAUAUAGGAAGGGGGUCGGUGAUUGACGAGCAGGCGCUCGUCGACUCGUUGAAAUCGGGCAAGGUUGUAUUUGCGGGGUUGGACGUGUAUGAAAACGAGCCCUCCGUGCACCCGGAGCUCUAUGGCAGACAAGAUGUGUUCUUGACUCCCCACGUGGGUGCCUCGACCACCGAGAACUUCGACCACACUGCGGUGGUGGCCAUGGAAAACAUCGAGGCUGUUCUUGGGGGGAGACCUGCGUUGACGCAGGUGAAUUGA